AUGGCUUCCACUCAGUUAUCCGCGAGAGCGAACGUCGCGGUCUCGACUUCGUUCCAAGCGAAAAAAUCACAAUCGGCCACCACGUCGUCGUCGUCGUCGUCCACCAGAGGAAGAACAUUUUUAGUCGUCGAGGCGAACAAGAAAGUCGCCAAGAAAACUUCGGUGGUUUUGUUAGACUCGAUCGAACACGUCGGUGAAGCCGGCGAGAUGGUUUCCGUGUCCUCUGGUUUCUUCAGAAACUUCUUAGAGCCGCAAGGCAAGGCGCAAAAAGCAACGCAGGAGCUCAUCCAAGAGUUUAAGAAAAAGCAAGCGGACCAGGUCGCGGCGGUGGAGGCGGAACGCGCGGCGGCGCAAGCCAUCGCCACGGCGUUGAGCACGAUUGGUAAGUUUGUCGUCAAGAAGACCGUCGGUGAGGACGACAAGAUCUUUGGAUCUGUCACGGCGAAGGACUGCGCGGAUGCGAUUGAGAAACAAACUGGGAAAGCGUUGGACACAAAGGGUUUCGACGUUCCCGAUAUCUCCACAGUUGGUGUUUACGAUGUUUCGGUGAAAUUGCACCCGAAAGUUACCGGAUCCUUCAAAGUUGACGUCCAGAAAGAAUAA